CAUACACACCUUCUGUUCCCUCGUUAACACCUUACAAACCUUAAUUUUUCAGCUGUUGCAGCUUUCAGCUUUCCAAUUUUCAAAGGUUUUGGUUACAUCUUUCAAUUCGGAAGUACGAAGAACCCCAAGUAAUACAAGCUUAGAAAUGAAUAUUAGCGUUCCCUUUCUGUUUGAUGUGGUCGUGACCCAUUUGGAGGUCUUCGGCGUAACAUUCAAGGAUCCGUUACAGGUUGCUGUGAAACUUAAGUUCAUGGGCAACGACUUAAGGCUGACCUCCAGCCGAGUGAACGUUAGCGGAUUUGUGGCCAAUCGGGAAUUUGAGUUCCUCUCGGAGCCGGAGGUGGUACGCAACAACCUAGAGCAGAUGGGUUUGGAGCUGGCUGUCAUCUAUCAGAGGUCAACUUUGGGCAAGGCGUCUGUGACCUUUCCAUCGGAUUUUCUGGGAAAAAUAAGCCCCGCCAUGAACGACCUGCUACGCGAAGAUACAGUGGAUCUAAUACGUCUCGAAGAUGUCGUGGGAUCGAUUAGCAUCCUUGUCCGACUAACCCUAAAAUGCGAAGGAGUCCCACAGAGCCAAGAUGGACAAGGGAAGGGAAGUCGUGUAAGUUGCUCCGGCCAAGGACCCACCAUCAAUCCGCAGGACAUGAUGUUCCUCAUCGGUGAUCCCGACCCUCUGCUGCAAAUUCCCACAGAUCCAUGCUCCGAGCUUGAAGCGGAAGAGGGCGACGUGCGCCUCAGUCUGGACCUGAAGCGCUACCGAGAUCACAAUCAUCGCGUCACCUUCCCAAAGGAUGACCCCUGCCCCAAGCAGAAACCUUCAUUCAGCCGCCUGAAAAGGCUCACCAAGGAGUACUCCCAGAUUAUAGAUUCGGUGGCCGAGAGGGUAAAGAACAUGGAUUGCUGCACAGGCGGCUUAACCAUACCGACACUGACAACUUCUACCAGAUACCCGGUGGGUGAGCGCUGGAUUCCAGUCCCACUCAGAUCGGAGCCUGAGGAUCUGUCCGGAGUUAAACCCAUUCGCUACUGUCCCGUCUGCCUGUAUUCGAUGUCCUGGCUGCCGAAGUACAUGCCCUGUCCCCGCUGCAAUACGAAGACGCGUCCCGUGUUACCCUGCCAGGAUCCGAAGGAACAACUAACGGCGAUGCAGAUCGUAGCCGAGCAGCUGGUGAGGUCGAGUGGGCCGCAGGGAGGCGACAAACUCUGCUUGGGUCCAUGCAUUUCGAGUCACCAAGUGGGCCAAAACCGGGACAGCGAGGGAGACGAGUGCCCACCCUGUCAAUGCACCUGCACCGCGCACAAAAUAUGUGCCCACUGUCGCGUCCGUAAAAUGUGCGAGGACAUCUACAAGAGCCCUCCGGUGCCAAAGCCGCCCCCAAGAGUACCUAAGCCCGGCCCUGACGAGGACUUCUGCGUGAUACAAGAGUCGCAGGACGAUGAGCUUCCCUACCUCUCAAGGGUCUUCCAUGAGAUGAAGAACCUGUACGAGCUGCAUGACUUCAAGAAGCUCUCGGCUCUGGAGCUGCGCUGCCGGUCCCAGACUUUGCUGCCGAGGCGCUCCAUCAAGGAGCUGACCGAUACGCUACACCAAGGAGGCAGGCCGCAGUCCCUGACAGAAGAUCGUCAAAAAGCAGGCCACAAGGAAUGCCUGCCACCCGGAAACGCGGUGUCCCGACGACAUGGCUGGAGCUGGACCAACUCAGCUGAGGCCCGCACCAAAGGGUGGCGGCCGGGAGCCAUCCUGCGAUCCUCUGGCCACGUCAUGCGCUACUUCCUGGCGUACAGAGAUCAAAAUCUACCAACGCACCGAAAGAUAAUUUGCGAUGAAGAUCGGCGCCACAGGAUGGCUAAGCCCGUGCUGAAUGUAUGCAAACGGAAUGGCGAGAUUUUUGUCACUUUGCGUCCCCUGGCCACCAUGGGUAAGAGUCAGAAGCCGAUCAUCUUCAAAAUCGUGAAGAGCCACCUAGCGGUGGCUCUGCGCCAGAUUAGGCGUGCUCUCAAGGAUAAGGGCUUUGAGAAGUGCACCUGCCACAAGUCCCUCAUGCUCUGCACCUGUCGCGACGCCCUCGAGAAGUUCGAGCUGAACAAGGCGCUCCGGAGGGAGUGCCGGCGUCGGCUCAUGGAACCCUGCCCGGAGCACCUUGUACUCACCGACACCAGUGUCAGCGACCUGGAGUUCGAUCUGAAUGUGACUCCGCCGGCGGAUACUCGCUGGCCCAGGGAGUCAAUUUGCAAUACGGUGAACCACGGCACGCAGACCGAGAUACGCGGAUGGGAGCUGCCACCCACAAAUCCUGUGUCAGAUAAUCCCUACUACAAGGCAUUUGAUUGUGCAGUCGGGGAUCGCUACAUGGGCACGUCUUUCGGCUUGCCUGAAGAGGAAGUCUUCGAAGACGGCGUUUUCGGGUUGAGGGGAGGCGGCCCUCACGGUCCAAAUCCUAUGCCCUGCGGUCGAACUAUGCCAACGAAUAUGUGGGGUACAGCAGAUGGUGCAGUUGCUGGAGGACGCGGACGUAGGCAAGUACCCAGUGGGCCUGGAACCGGUCCCUGGAUGGGCUUUCCAGGUAUGGCCGGCAGGGGAAAAGCUGCGAAAAGCGAUCCUAUUCCGGUGCGGUAUCCCAAACGAUUGCUGAAACCCGCCCAGGAUGCAGCCAAGGCGGCCAAACAGGCUGAAAUUGAUGCUGCGGAGAAGAAAAAGAAGGGCACCGACAUGCUUAAAUACCUACAGGCAAAGGGCACUUUGGUGCGGCCAUGGAACCCUACAGAAGGCAAGGACCUACGGCCAAGGCCUCCCAAGCGCACUAAGAGACAAUCAGAAUGUCUUACCCUGUAACCCUGCAAAUGUAAUAAUUGAGUUCAUUUGAAAGACACGUGAAAUAAAGAACAAGGUAAUUAACAAUAAAGAAUCGUAUUGAAAAUCUA